AUGCCUCUGUCCUCGCGGCUGCACUUAACUAACGGUCGUAGUACCGCUGCACUACGGCAAUCCUUCGUGGACCCCACAAACUGCAGUCGCAAUGGCCGUGAGUAUAAGAUGGAGACUGCCCGCAAACUCACCUUCAAGCAUGAACGCCAAGACGUCGUCAUUACCCCAGCGCAUCCUUAUCUUGGAAAGACUCCUUGGAUAACCGCCGUACAUUGUGUAACUCAACAGAUGAACAGCAUGCCCAAAAUCUCUACUCGCGUCGCUGGAGCGACAGAUGCCAGUACAAUUGCCACCCUUGUUCAUGGCCUCCUCGAUGAGCUCUGGGGCGGAGGUGGUCCCGACGUCGAGACGCUCGCUCGCACCGCGGCGACGGUAAUUGGCGAUCCGGGUGUGACUGCAGCAAUUGCCUACGCCGACGACCAGCCAGUCGGCGUCAUAACCCUGAACGAGUGCACUGCCAUCUACGCGGGCGGCAAGUUCGGCGAGAUCUCGGAAUUAUACGUCUGCCCGCACAUGAGGUCGCAGAGCGUGGCACCCCACCUUAUUGAACUUGCGCUAUCACACGCUCGGCUGCGAGGAUGGAAGCGCCUGGAAGUUGGGACACCAAGUCAACCAAAAUGGAGCCGCACACUAAACUUCUAUCUACGCAACGGCUUUCGAGAGCUCGGGCCUAGACUAUGUCGUGAUGUCUGA